AUGGGAGACAUUGAUCCAGCUUUCAUACAAUCCACAGAACACCGUCCAAAGUUAUCCACUUUUGUCCAAGUUGAUGAAAUUCCAAUCAUUGACCUCUCAGAAGCUAGUCAAGAAAACCUCAUAUCAAAGAUUGGCAAUGCAUGUGAAGAAUGGGGAUUCUUUCAAGUAAUCAACCAUGGAGUUCCAUCUGAUGUUAGCAAAAGGGUUGAGAUUGCGAUGAAGAAGUUUUUUGAGCAAAGCAUUGAAGAGAAGAAGAAAGUGAAAAGAGAUGCAGUUAAUGCAAUGGGGUAUCAUGAUGCUGAGCAUACCAAAAACAUAAGAGAUUGGAAAGAGGUCUUUGAUUAUCUUGUUGAGAAUACAACACAAGUUCCUUCUUCGCAUGAACCUAAUGACUCGGGGCUAAGGACUCUCACCAACCAAUGGCCACUAUACCCUCCACAUUUCAGGGAGACAAUGCAGGAAUAUGCUAGGGAAGUGGAAAAGCUAUCUUACAAGUUACUGGAGUUGAUUUCUUUGAGCUUAGGUUUAGCCAGUGACAAAUUCCAUGACUGCUUCAAGAAUCAACUAAGCUUGUUGAGGCUGAAUCACUAUCCUCCGUGUCCUUUUCCUGAUUUGGCACUUGGCGUUGGUCGUCACACUGAUGCUGGUGCAUUGACUGUGCUUGCACAAGAUGAAAUUGGAGGCUUACAAGUUAAGAGAAAAUCAGAUGGUGAUUGGAUUCCUGUUAAACCCACUCCCGGUGCAUUCAUCAUCAAUGUCGGUGACGUUGUUCAGGUUUGGAGCAAUGACAAGUAUCAGAGUGUGGAACACAGGGUGGUGGUAAACACACAGAAAGAAAGGUUUUCCAUUCCGUUUUUCUUUUAUCCAAGUCACCAUGUUAUGGCGAAACCCGCAGAAGAGCUAGUGAAUGACAAGAAUCCUGCAAAAUAUAAACCAUACAAUAUCGGUAAAUUCUACGCUAAUAGAAACCGUAGUGAUUUCAACAAGCGCAAGGUGGAGAAUAUCCAAAUUCAUCAUUUCAAAAUUUCAGAUUAG